CGCUGCUUGUGAACAUGUUCUCCUUCACUCCGCACGAUAACUCACCCCAUAGGUCCUGGGUGUUUCACUCCACUAUGGCGGCUAGAGUGAACUACCUUAGCUGGGGUCCGUACAAUCUGGGUUAGGGCAUUUAUCAAGGUGAUGGAACAAAACCCGCAGCACAGCUUCUAGCGCUUGAAAGUCGAGAUGCCAAAGCGGCCCGGAUCCGCCACCCUUUUCUCCAGCCGAAGCAAUCUAGCCCUCUCUCAGACAUUGCUUCAUGCGCUUGAAGAUCUAUGCCAUGGGACUACGAUCGAUCCAGAGAGUAACCCUUACUAUAUACCAUUCAGUGUCAUUGCUCCCUUUCUGCCGCGGAGCGCUCUGGAGGUCGGAGACACAAAUUCCUUACUGUCGUUUGGACCCAAGGUAUCCGCUGCUUACAGGGAUCUUCUGCUGGGAAGAGAUGAGCGAGCCAUGCUGCUCCUUAUGUUAUGGCUGGAGCUUCUUCGCCAUGCAGACAUCUGGUGGAUUACUAACCGCACAAGGCAGGAGUCUCCGGCUCUUCGGCGUGUGCUAAGCUGCAGUGCCGAUGAUCGUAUUCAAACCAUACUCGCCUUGCGGGAAGCAAUUUAGAGCAACGCCCUCGUUAUGACCUCUAGUCAAAGACUUUCGUGAAUUAUGAAGGAGCAUUCUU